AUGCAACCCACGUGGGACACUAUUCAAACUAAUUUCAAUUCUUUAAAAGAUGAAGCCGUGGAAUCCCUUAAGAGAACGUCUGAAAUGGCCAAAACUCAAAUCAUUAAUGUUAAAGAUGAGACGAUAGCCAAAUUUAAGGCUUUGGAAAACGACACUACCAGCGAAACGGAACCCAUAGAUUGCGUGAAUCAAGAGGCAUGUGAAAAAAUCGAACACAUCCUAUACACAGCCUCUCAGAGCCUUCUUCUUCUAAACGAGGAAUCAGGUGAUAUAAUUAAGGGCAUAAUGAUUGCAAUGGCUGAGUAUUUCGGGGGAAGCCCCACAAAAAUGGAAAGAAGCAUAGACGUUAUUUUAGGAUUUUUAGGACGGGUCGCUCUUGAAGUAAUCCGAAAUUUAAAGCAAGCUGUUAAAGACAUUAAGAGGGAUCUUGAAGUUGCAAGUAAAGCGGCCAAAAAGGCAAACAAGAAGAAUAAAAAGUUGCUGGUGCAAAUGAGAAUCACACCAGAAGACAUAAAAGAUAACAGUAAGACGGCUUAUGCAAAGAUAGACCACAUUAUUGGUAACAUAAGAAAAGCUUUAAAAGAACUUGAAGAUAAGUUAGUGAAGAAUUACAAUACGUUUAUGAUUGUUUUGGAUCCAUUUGAUACUAAUACAGCUAAAGAUAUAAAAAAAUCGUUGCAAGGAUUUGUUGCUAAAACCAGUAAGCACAUUAAAAAAAUAGAGAGUGAAAUAAAAAGCGAAGCGAAAAUUAUGAAAAAGGAGGUUGAUAAGGCUGCUAGUAAUGCUAUUAAAAAUAUAAAAAAUAAAUAA